AUGGCCAGAGAAAUUACCGAUAUUAAGCAAUUUUUGGAAUUGACCAGAAGAGCUGACGUUAAGACUGCUACCAUUAAAAUCAACAAGAAGUUGAAUAAAUCUGGCAAGCAAUUCAGACAAACCAAGUUCAAGGUUAGAGGUUCCAGAUACUUAUACACCUUAGUCGUUAACGAUGCUGGUAAGGCUAAGAAGUUGAUGCAAUCUUUACCACCAACUUUAAAGGUUAACAAGUUAUAA